GAGAACCAAGCUACUCAAGGUCGUGUAGGUAGAUCUGACCCAGACCUAGCUUUCCAACCAUCUUGAUUUUUAAAGCUUAAAAAUUAUCUCUGCUGGAUAUGUCGAAUCUUACAGACUUCCGGAUUACAAGAUAUAUAAACAUUCAAGAAGACUAUUAAACUUACUAGAUUGAGUGCAGUCAAGUAGCCAGACUACUGCCCAUUGGACGUUAUUAAGGACCUUGAACGGUACCAAAACAUCAAGGAGCGAGCUCCGUAUGAGAUUUUCUCAGGUGCUUGCAUCUAAUGUCAGAGCUGUUAUUAUUGGACCUCCUGGUUCAGGAAAGGCUACCAUCUCUUCGCGUUUACAGAAAGACUUUGCUUUGAAAUAUAUUUGCUGUGGCGAUAUGCUAAGAAAUCAUGUUGCAUUAAAAACAGAUAUUGGGGAUCAGGUAAGCAGGUUUGUCCAGAAUGGUUCACUUGUUCCGGACAGUUUAGUCACUAAAAUGAUGAUUGCUGAGUGUCAAAGUUAUUCAAGCGAUAACUUACUCAUUGAUGGAUUUCCGAGAACUAUGAUACAAGCUAAAGACGUUCAAAGACAACUUCCUAUCAGCUGCGUUCUUUGUUUAGAUGUACCCUUUGAAGAAAUCAUAAAUAGAGUCAGUGGGAGAUACACUCAUCUUCCAAGUGGUAGGACGUACAAUGAUAAUUUUAACCCUCCAAAGCGCAAAGUUAGUAUGAUAUCAGCUUGUAAACUAUAUUACUUGAUAGCUUUACCCAUUGCUAUUACAUUGUAUCUUUACAUUUAAUUUUUGGGACUAAUAUGGCUUGGAUCUUUAGUAUCUUUGGGUUUACUGGUAAGUUGUGUGUGUAAUGAAUCUCCCGUUUUGAUCAUCAUCGUCCAUGUAAAUUUAAGUACAUUAGUCCUGACUUUUGCAGAUUUUCUGUUCUUAUGAGUUCAGAACUAACCGUAAGUUUUUUUGUCUCAUUUUUGAGAGGGUUUGGUAAACCACUGGUCAGUCUUUUUCCCUGAGCCAUGAAUCAUUGGGCUCGAAACAGUGUAUAAGCACAUUCUAGGUAAGUGAAUUACAUAGUAAUCUUUGCUGUCAUGGUGUUGCCACAAAAUCAUUAAAGUCUGUCCGGUUAGUUGGCGAAUCGGUCUAUGAUCCUCAUCAACUAUUGUGAAUAGGAUGUGUUUUACGUAUGCCUAACUCAUGCUUACUUUAAAUAGGUUGAAAGCAACUUACGGACAAUCAAACUAAGACAUCCUUAUCUCAUGAAGUCAUUGAUUUUUGGUUGAUUCGGACUACUUGAUUGAGGUGCGCGUAAUAGCUGCCAUCAGUGGUUGGCGACUGGGCAAUAAGAUGUUGCAUCGUCCAUAAUAGCACAGAUGCGUUCACUGCUUAUCUUCUUGGUCUUGAGUUCUAGGAUCUAUGCAUACAUGCUUUUUCCACUCUGCUUCUCAGGGCCAUAUUUUUGUUGUUUAAUCUGUCACCGUAAGUACCAUACUAUUUCGAUCGCUUUGGCUAUUCAUCUUAGUUUCAUCUUUUCUUGAUAUUAUGGUAAGACAACUGGGGCCGAUAUACAUAUUUGGCAGGUUCUACGCUGAUGGUGACUGACUGACACUUAAUACUAGGAUCGAUUAUCUUCCUGUUAGAUCACCACCUUUAUAAAGCGUUAGUCAAGUUGGAGACCAAAUAAUAUGCUUGGAUUUGUUGGUUGUAUACUUCUAAAUCAGUUAGGCGUUAAGGUACAACAAUCCUUUAGUAGGUUUAUGGAAAUUAGCGACGGAAAGUCUUAUUAUAAAGAUUUUCUCAUGUCUUGUUAUGUGGCGUUUUACUCAUCGAUUUGUAUUGCUAACAUUUGUGAGAUAAAAUGCUGCCACGUCUUAAUGUAUAUUGACCAUACCAAUACCAUUAAAUUUAGGGAGUUUUAAUUUGUAGGUAAUUUUAACAAUUCUAGAAACAUACUGCUAUGUACUUGCUGCUAUUUAGUGGGUGUAUUUAGCAGCAUUAUAAGCAUCUUGGAUCCGACUCAUCCAGUGAACUCAAACUGAGUAUUUAUUUCUGCGUAUUUCUAUCACUUAGUAAUGAGCAGUCUUUCCUUCAUUUGUAUGUAAGGUUAGCCAAAUGUAUGUUUGAUCUUCCUAAAUAUAACCACUGCUUUGUGGAAAAAUGUUAGUUGGGGGUUGAAUUUAAGUUUUACAAGGACAAGAUAUUUACUAUUAUCAUUCAUAAGUGGUUCUCUUACUUUAAUUCCGAUCACAUCCACAGAAGAAUACCGGGAUUACAUUGAAUGCUGUCUCAUCCCUAACUUCAUUACACUGACCGUAAAUUAGACGGAAAUAGUAUGUAAUCCGAUAACUUUUUAUUGUGUCAGCUUAAGCUUAACAGAUAAGAUGUUGAAGCAAGUCAUCCAAUAUAAAUGUGUUACAGUUCCGUUGCAGUCAAAACCUGGCUGUGUUUACGGGGGUUUUAUGUUUAUAUUUGCGUUCGUCUUCAAUGUCCUGUGUUCAUAUUGGAGAAAUAUAACCAGUCAUCAGUUUGUAAUUUAAUGUAACACAUGAACCAUUCUCUUUUAUCGCUACUUUUAUCUUGAAAAUAGGGAUUUGAUGAUGUAACUGGAGAACCCCUAAUACGCAGAGAUGAUGAUGACCCGAUAACUGUUCGUAAACGUUUGGAUGUUUAUCAACUUUCUACUUUACCAUUGCUUGAUUAUUACGGGUACGCCAACUUUGACGUUUUCUUUUGAGUGUUUGUAAUAUAUUAGAGCAAUUAUUUUACUUGUAGUUUUUAUUGUAAAGUGUAUGCACAUUGUCAUUUAAUACUUGAUUGAAACAAGUUAACAAUUUUGAUUUAUAGUUUGCAAUACAGUUAAAUAAUAGAACGGAAUAACUAAAAUGUAAUAGCAUACUCAGUUGUGAGCAAUCUUUUGUAAAAGCUACCUUGAGUCAAAGAUCCUACCCCUAAUGAAAGAUAGUUAGGCUAAUUUAAAACAUGAAACCUUCAGUAUUUUAACUAUCUAACUACUCAAAAAUGUCACUCACAGUUGUUCACUGUUAAGUGUAACGCUGUAUUGGAGUAAGCAGUGUUACUUAGCUUCAUUAUUCAAUGUAGUUGAUGUAUAUUUAAAAGCUAACCAUAUAAUACUUAUAAAUCUAGGAUGUUAAUAAUUUCUGUACAAUUCUGACUAAUAAUGGUUUAUUAUUGUUAACUCUUCAAUUGAAUAACCAUCAUAUGCUACAGUAUGUGUCGAUUGUUCUUUAUAAUCACUUUACUGAAUCGUGGUGUAAAGCUGAUAAUUUACAUUUGAUUUAAAACAACAUAUAUAAGCGAACAAUAUUGUUUUCGAUUAGAUCCUCAUCAGACUUUACUCUAAUAUACAGUAAUAUUUAUAUGCAUAUAUGAAAUUAUUAAACCAAUCAAGGUAAUUUAUGAGUCAAUGAUAACAAUGGAAAAGAUUACAUAAUGAGUGAAAAGUACAAAUUGACAAUGUGAUGACAAUAAUAAAGGCGUAAGCCAAUUUUGCAUAAUCGGAAAUAGGUCAGUGAUUAGAAAAAUAUAGACAGUAAGAUAAUGUUUAUAAAAUUAUAAGAUUACGUAAUAAGAAAUGUUCAGAUAAUUGGAUCGUGAAACAUAUAUUUGGGAGAAAGUAAAAUAAAAUGGUAGGAGGGGGUGAAGAAAAAAAAUCACUUAUUAAGGCCAAGAGAGAGAUAAGGGUGUUAUAAAUUUCUUAUGAACACAAAGAGUUGGAUUGUUGGUUCGGAUUCCUACAGCUUCUGCUAUGUGUAAGAGACGAAAUCGAACACCAUAAGGAAAACUAGUAAGAAUACGACAAAUAACUUUAAAUGACUUAUUUCUGUCUACUACAUGACCGCUAUCAAUCAAGUGUGAUAGAACCGAGCUGCGCAUCGUUUUAACAGUACCUUUUCCUAACCACGAAGGGAGGUGUCCACUAACUCUGGUUCAGUUGUCCGGUAGUGCGCCCAAUAUAGUUUUUUCCACAGGAGCAGCUGAAUUCGUAAAUACACAUGGAAGUGGCAUAACCAGGUAACUUAUCAUUUAGUUGGGGAAUCACCAUAGAUCGGGUCGAGUACGAUAGACAGAGGUUGGCUGCAUUAAACAUUCUCUUCACUGCUUUAGUUGACUACAUUACCUAUUCUAGUUUUCAGUAGCGUCCAAAAGUCAUGUAACUUAAAAAUGGCCGGUAGAUACUGUAUUGAGAGUAGAUCCUUCGCAAUUGGUUGGCAUUUUCUAUGUUGUUAAACCACCCAUUUUAUUUAAUAAAAGACUGAAAAUCCCCUACUAUCUUAUUUUUACAGUAAUGUAAUAAAUAACUAAAUAAAUUGCUUAGACACUCACUUUGGGGAUUUAAUUAGUAGCAUUGGACCUCACAUUAUAAAUUAAUUCAGGGCCCUUCUGAACUGAUACGGAUUCAUUUUGUGUUGCUAUUAAAUCUAUUUUGGCAAUGGCGUAACACUUAAUAACGCGAUUUUGAAUCAAUGGUGAGAUGAUAGCUAGAAUUUCGACACUAAUUUUGGUAGUCUAUAAAUUCGCUGUGGCAAGUAGUAUGUAGCGACAUGGAUUGAUGCACAUAAGUGCCAGUCUUCACGCUGGGUAUAACUAACUGAAACUAGAAUGCUUUAACCCAACUACACUUUGUUUAAUUCUUAUUCAUCCGACUAUUACCGUUGUCCAUCGAGUUAUAAUCGUUGUUUCCUUUCAUUUGUGCAAGCAUGCAUUUGGUCUUAGUAGCUACGUAUCCAUUUUAGACAUAGAGAACAUACACCCAUUCAAACUUAUACUUGGUUUCAAAUAUAUGUCAUAUGUAUCAUUUUCGUCGUACUGAUUAUCCAUAUAAAUAAUUAUUUACUUCCAUUCGUGCACACUUAAUGUCUGUGAUUGUUUGCAUAUUUGUGUAUGUAAUUGCAAUGACUAAUCGCUACAUUAAUCCAUACAUUAGGCAGUCCAACGCUUACACACGCACGCCUUCACACUCAUACGUACUUCCUACACCUUUUAUAUCUUACACGUUGGGGCCCCCAAAUGCUCUGGUACGACCGAAGGUGGGGAGUAUCAGCUCUCCCGCUCGAAAUGCUAUCACAUGGUCACGCGUAUACAGCUAUUGCCUACUCACUGCCUUUAGCGGCGAAGGUGAUUUUUCCACGAAAUUGAUAUGACGAUAAGCGAAUAUCCGGCGCUUUGACCGGUUAGGUGGUUAUGGAGGAUCCACCUAGGGGAUUUGGAAAACCCUGAUUCCAAGCGGAUGGUGCACAUGGGCUCCAGUAUCCUGAAGGAAUAAAUGGAGUGUGAACCUAUUGUCGGUCAUCGGCUACCAUGGGACUGUAUCUCUUCACGAUGCUCCACUGCCUUGUGGAUCAGACCUUCAGGUCGAAGGCUCGGGGUGUGGCCUCCUAAGAAAGCCACCUGCUUCGGUUUGUGCUCCCGGGCAGUAUUCCAGCUCUCGCACAAAUCAAAUGACUUAUGUGACGCAUAUAUAUUCGAUGCCUUCUUGUACCAACGUUUAUAUGUUCAAAUAAUAAUAAUACACGUUUAAGUGUGCUAGUCCCAGUUUGUCUGAAAUAUAUUCAUUUCGAAAGAUGCUGUUUCAGACUUCUUGACAUCAUGUUAUCGAGUCUCUUUAUGAUUAUACAACUGGAUCAGUCUAAGAAUUAUACAAAGUUAACAGGGAUCUGAAACCAGUGUAAUUAUAUUUUAUCACACGGUCAAGGUGUAUGAGGUUUUUUUUAUCUCGUUAUUCUAAUAUUUAACAGGAAUAGGGAAGUGAUAUAUUUCUUUUUUUUUUCUCUCCCUUCAUUUCUUUAUAUAUGUAAAUUAAGAAAACAGAAAAUUUUACAUGUAUUCCAUGGAUGUCGUACAAAUGAACUUUGGCCUCAAGUGUAUAAGAUUUUCUCUCAAUUUGUUGAACCUAUACAGUAUACUGAAUAUGAUACGAAUUAAAGAGUUUCUUUGUCUUUCUUGUGAUUAUUAUCACACUCCUAUUUGAGUAUUAACGUAAUUGUACCUUUUAGAUUUAUUUGCAUAAGACUAAUCGGAUAGUUCUUCGUAUUAUUACUGUCAAGUAAAAGGUUUAGCUGAUUUCUAUUCAUUAGUAUUAACGAAAAUAGCAUGUUGAUCGACCACUGAUGUACAGUAAUACAAAAUAUAGCCGAGUGAUGUUUGUUCACAGAACAAAAUUCUUGACGUAAGUCCCUCCUGAAAAAUUACUAGUCAGAAGAAUGAGGUUGUUUUCAUGCAAAAAAAAUGAAAUGCUUGUCAGCAAAAUAUCAACACAAAGAAGGUGUAAUAUAACGUGAAAGAUUCGAAAAAAAUCAGUUUGUAAGUCAUGUUUCAAUCGAUUAGGCGUUGACUGUCAAGCCGGUUGCUUGACUAUCGUAUAACUGCCAAGCUCAACUUCAGUAGAUUUAUUUUUUUUAAUAAGCUGUAUGUAACAUAGUUGAUGUCGACAAACAAAAUAGUUUAUAAAAUCGUAAUCAGAAUAAUAGUUGGAAAUAUAGUUCAAGUUAUAAAUUG